UGAAGACAGGAGCAAGAGAGAGAGAGAGGACAUAAAGGGACAAGAAGACGCAGAGAAAAGAAAAAAAGAAAAAAAUCUAAAGAACAUAAAAAAGACAUAAGAAGAAAGUGAAAGGGCCAGGGAGUCGUUGCUCAGUUGGGAACCCAUCCAGCAGGCUGCAGAGACUUCACCUUGUGUCCAAGUGAAAAGGACCAAACCGGUGUGACUGGGUGGCUACUGGGAGGACGGACUGGUUUUCUACUCGCAGUGAGCAGACUGCCGAGCUCCAUGGCUGACAGCGUGAACGAGGAGUCGGAUUAUAACCCGGGGAAAGAUGAGCUGGACUGGGGCUAUGAGGAAGGUGUAGAAUGGGGACUCCAUUUCCCAUCAGCCAACGGCGAGUACCAGUCUCCCAUUAACUUGAACUCCAGGGAGGCUCAGUAUGACCCGUCCCUCCUGGACGUGGGCUUAUCACCAAACUACGUGGUGUGUCGAGACUGUGAGGUCAUCAACGACGGACACACCGUCCGCAUCCUACUCAAGUCCAAGUCAGUUGUUACUGGUGGACCGUUGCCUAGCGAUCAUGAAUAUGAGCUUCACGAGGUUCGUUUCCACUGGGGCAAAGAGAACCAGAGAGGAUCAGAGCACACUGUCAACUUCAAGGCUUUCCCUAUGGAGCUCCAUCUGAUUCACUGGAACAGCACUCUGUUCAACACUUUGGAGGACGCUCUCGGGAAGAAGAACGGAGUCCUCAUCAUAGCUCUUUUCGUGCAGAUCGGUAAGGAACAUCUUGGUCUGAAGGCCAUUACUGAAGUUCUACAGGACCUGCAGUACAAAGCAAAGAGCAAGAUAAUCCCCUGCUUCAACCCCAACACUCUGUUACCUGACCCUUUACUGAGAGACUACUGGGUGUAUGAAGGAUCUCUGACCACACCACCAUGUAGUGAAAAUGUGACCUGGAUCCUCUACCGCUACCCUCUCACCAUCUCACAGUUACAGAUCGAGGAGUUUCGGAGGCUGCGUUCCCAUUUCAAAGGGGCGGAGCUACUAGAGGGGAACGACGGGAUGUUGGGGGACAAUUUCCGUCCCACCCAGCCGCUCAGCGACCGGACGGUACGGGCUGCCUUCCAGUGACUCUCGCUUCCCACCGCCAACUCAGAAGAACUGUGGCCCCUAUACAGAUACAAGUACAAAAGGGGAGAAGGACGAGGAGGUGUGAGGAGAUGAAUGAAAAAGGAGGGAGACUGAAGGACAAAGAAACUAUUGAUCUCACACCUUCAUGCGUGUGUGUGUGUGUGUGUGUCCUUUUUCUGCAUCUCCUCUCUCUCCCCUUCUAAUUCUUACUGUAUAUGUGUAACAUCCUCCUGUAUGUGUGUGUGUGUGUGUGUGUGUGUGUGUGUGUGUGUGUGUGUGUGUGUGUGUGUGUGUGUGUGUGUGUGUCCUGUAUGUCUACAGUAUCACUGCGCCUGUGUGUGUUCUGAUUAGAUGAUAGGAGGCUUUACAACCGGCCGUCUCUGCUGUCAAAACAAGAGGAAGCAUGAGCCACAGAUCUACUAGAACACACCCACACACACACACACACACACACAUGCAAAAAACUCACUGUACUGUGAGACAGUGAAACACACCUACACAGCUUCACACACCAAACUACAUGCAUCACCUCACUAUGUGUUCCAGACUGAAUGUGCUGUAGUAAACAUGCUACAACAUGCAGUUUACACACUAUAUUUUAUACUAAAUACUUUGUUUUGAGUCAAUUCAAUCUGGAAAUGCAGUCAACGUGAAAGCGAAAUGUGUUUAGAUUAAGAUACAUUUCUUUAGACGAAUUAGAGUUGAAGUAGAAAUAACCGCCACUAAUGUGCUGGCGAUUUCUGUCUGUCUUCGUCCAAUCAGCACUCAAACAUCGUUGCAAAUUGACUGAACAAGUAACAAACAGUAACGUUUUCACUUACUAACCCUCUUUUCCCGUCACAAUUGUGGCACACCAGAAAAAGUCACACCAGAAAAAGAAUAGAAGGUAGUCUAUCGCCAAGCUGGUUUCCCCACGUUUAAAAAAUGCAUCUACGUGCUAAUUUUGGUGGGAAAAUAUAAUAUACAGUAUGUAGCCCCUUUAACAAUCUGUACAAGACAUCCACUAGAACCUGUUCUGUGUUAAAAACAGAGAAUCAAAUGGCAUUAAAAUGAAGGUUCUAUACAAAAGUUUUCAAUUCAUUCCGGAAGACAACAAACUGAGUCUUUGGAAUAGGCCAGACUGUGAGAAGCCACCACUGCAUGUCUCUGUACUGGACAUUGGAUAGAAAUGGUGCUUUAAUGGUAUUUAUUUUACCAAAGCAGACCAGUGUUUUGAGAAUGAAUUAGUUCCAUAUUUAUACAGAAUACUGUUAAUGACUUACUCAAAUAUUUCUGCUUUCACUGUCAGUAAUAAGUUCAGUAAUAAUGGUAGUUGGAGGAGUGGUUUAUUUCUAUUUAAAGGAACAGUGUGGAACAUAAAAGGGGAUUUAUUGGCAGGAAUGGAAUAUGAUAUUUAUAACGAUGUUUUCAUUAGUGUAUACUCAUCUGUUAUGUUUUCGUUAUCUUAGAGUUAGUGCAUCACGUUUACAUAGGGAGAGUGUCCUCUUCACAGAGUACGCCAUGUUACACCACCAUGUUUUUCUUCUUUCAUGUUUUUACGUCACUUGAAGGCUGCCGUAGUUGUCUGACGCACUUGGAAGGGGAGGAGUGAGCAGAGGUUACAAUCUGCAACAUCACCACUACAUGCCACUAAAUCCUACACACUGCUCCUUUAACUUGUACAGUAAUAGGUGUAAUAGUGAUCGUCUUAAUCAGCUUGUUAGGUUAGGUUGUAUUCUGGUGUAAAAGCAGAUUCCGGUGUGUGUGAGAGAUCUAACUCUGGCUGCUGAAUGAACUCCCCUACACAUCUUCAUCUCACCAAACAGCUUGAGUCCGCCCAACUCAGAUUACAUAACCUGAUCUCUGGGUAAUGAAUUCCUUCAAACUCUUAAAAUUCACACUUACAUUGCCCACUUACCUCGUGCUGCUUGCUUUUUUCAUCGUUAGCGUUAAGUUAUUAAAGUCCCCCUGACAUUCUGUCUGUUUAAACUGGGUUUAAAAGUGUCUUUUUAGUGGCUUAAUCCUCUAGGUUCCCCCUCCAGGUUCUCCACAACAGUGUUGAUAGUCCCUGUGUUAGUUUAUUGUCUCAAGAAUUUGGUAUUGAACACGUCUCGUUUAAAAAAAAAAAAAAACUAUUAGCAGCUUUAAACGCCACUGACAUCAGUUGAACACUACUCUAAUCACUCCCUUCGUACUGUUUCAGAAAGCGGGGGGGGUUUACAAGCACUGCUAUUAUGUGACUGUAUCUGUGUGUGUGUGUGUGUGUGUGUGUGUGUGUGUGUGUGUGUUUGUGUGUGUGUGUGUGUGUGUGUGUGUGUGUGUGUGUAGGUUAUAUUACCUCAUUCACACCUGGCAUUAUAAUGUCAUCUGAUUCUGGACGUUAUCUGGAUAAGUAAAAAAAACAAGCGGUGACAUCAUGGAGACCACGUCCACAUUUAAUGCAGUUUAUGGGGAAAAAAACACAGCGGCAGUUUAAGUUGUCGGGGUACAAAGGAAAAAAAUCAUCCGCACAGCAUUUUGAGAGGGCCCCCCGCAAAAAGUGAUUCAGAAAUGAACAACAUCCAUGUGAUCACAAUGGGGCCACAAACAAGAUAAAAAGAACAUUUUAAUACCGGGUGUAAAGGGGCCUUUGUGUGUGUCAGUGUGUUAGUGUGUGUGUGUAUAUUUUUUAAAGGUACAUACUGAGCUAAAAAUAAACUGAGAACUGAUGACUGUUACUGUAAAGCAUCAAUAAACUAUA